CGACGCUGUAUGUUUUGAUCCCGAGAUCUUUCGCUAUUUUCAUCUAAUUAAACGAACCACGUGCUCCAGUUGGAAGGGGAUGAAGUGGAAACGUUUAGAGCCUGCGUGUGGGGGGUUGAUGCACGUGCAUGAUUCGCGAAAUAAUUUUUUGCAUCAGUCAGUGCCGUGAUAACAGCAUGUGGGACUAUCAAGUUUCGGGUACUUCAUGAGGACGUCUUAAAUUUCCUUAAGGAUGUCCGGAAAAGGUUCUGUUAUGGAUUCAAAAUUGGACAGGGAUUUGUGCGAUUCUUUCGUUUUGGACUUGUAUCAGUGAUGGUUUGACAGCACCAGGACGGCUCUUUACAACAGGUGCAAGACAUCGAUGAAAAAACUUGUGGUGCUCACAUCUGAGAAUUAUGGACACGUGAAUGGUACAGGGCUUGGAGCCCCUCCAUUGGACACCCCUCCACAUGUGCCGAUGCGAGGGGUCAAUGUGAUGUUAGGAGGGGUUAUGCUAACUGCAAUUAUCCUGGUGAUUUUCGUGUUGUGUUAUUGCUGCCACAAAUCGAACAGAAAAUCGCAGAGCCCCAGUCCCCCCACCACCUAUUGGAGGGAUCCAGGACUAUCUAUGGAAAUUUACACCGUGGAUACACAGAGCUGCAUGGAGUUCGAUGAAUAUUCGAGCGAAUCCCGCAGACCAUCCACUCCUGGUCCACCACCUCCUUACGAGCUGGUUGUACCAACCUCGAAAUCGGAAGGGACACCCCCAAACCCCUCAGAAAAUGCUGAACCCCCCAGCUACGAGAAGGCUUGUCAGCUCAGUCAGCAUCUGCACAUUUCAGCACAAGGAUAUGUUUGAUUCCAGACAGAAGAAGUUAUCCCAACACAUGGAACUUCUGAUUCUAUCGAACUCUUCGAAAAUAUGACUGAAAGAUUGUAUCAAUCAGUAUUAAGUACCAUAUUAUUGUGGGGAAAUGACCUUCUCACAAUUUUCUCUUUGUCAUAUUCUUACUUUUAUAAGGAGUAUCGAAGUUUAAGCGGAACAAUUACAAAUUAUGCCAUUAGCCAAGAGUUAAUAGUUGAUUAGAAGAUAGUUUUGUUGCAUUCACCUACUGCUAGAGAUAAUAUAUUUAUGAGUAAAGUGCAAUUCAUUGAAAAGAAUAUCAUAGAAAUCUACAUGAAA